ACAUUAAAUUUUAGUAAUAAUUCUAUAAAAAUUUAGAUCUCAAAUAAUGUCAAAUAUAAAAUCGCUGGAAUACUCAACGCUUAUUGUCCCUUAUGAAUUACUUAACAAAACAUUUCGAAAUGCCCAAAAAGUUAUAGAUCGUGAAGUAUCUCAUGUCAACUCAACUAGUGACAAACUGAAAAAAGUAUCUUCAAAAAAUAAGGUAUCAAUUGAAGAAGUUACAAAGGAAUUUGAUGUUUUGCUAGAACAUCUAACCAGUCUGAAAGAAAAGUCAAUUCACUGUGUUGAUCAGGAAGAAGUUAGGCUUAACACGUGUCAACAAAGACUGGAGCAUGUAAGUAAAAAUCAAAGCAGUACAGCUGCCAGACGAAAUUUACAUGAUCGAAUGCUUGUAAAUUAUUUUCUUCAUUGUGGUUAUCAUGAAACAGCUAUACAAUUAGCAGAAAAAUCAUUUGUGAAGGAGUAUGUAGACUUGGAUGUUUUUUUAGUUGCACGGGAUAUUGAAAAGUCAUUGAAAGAAAAAAAUCCUGCACUGUGUUUACAAUGGUGUCAUGCUAAUAAGUCAAAAUUAAAAAAGCUCCAAAGUACUUUAGAGUUAAAUGUUAGAGUUCAAGAGUUUAUUGAACUUGUCAAAAAUAAUCAAAGAUUGCAGGCUGUUUUAUAUUCUCGAAAACACUUUGGUAGUUUAAGUGAUGUUACUGAUUCUUAUAAACUACAAAAAACAGUGAUGGCGAUUUUGGCUUUUAAAGUAGAUACUGAGGUAAAACGUUAUAAAGAUUUGUUUAGUGACACACGAUGGGAUUUACUGGUGGAACAAUUUCGCAAGGAGAAUUUUGCAUUACAUCAACUAGACUCACAAUCUAUUAUGGAAGUUGUAUUGCAAUGCGGAUUAGCAUCUCUUAAAACACCUCAUUGUUUUCAUAAAGAGGAGCAAUGUCAAGACUGUCCAGUUUGUAAUAGACUUUUCAAUACUCUUUCAAAGCCAUUGCCAUUUGCUCAUUCAAGUCAGUCUCGUUUAAUUUGCAGCAUUAGUGGCGAACAGAUGAAUGAACAUAACCAUCCAUUAAUGUUACCUAAUGGCUAUGUUUAUGGAGAACGUUCCAUACAAAGUCUAUUAUCUGAGGGUAAUGGUGAUAUAAUUUGCCCUAAAACCAAAGAUACUUAUUCUGUCAAAGAUUUGAAGAAAGUAUUUAUUAUGUAAUUUAUAUUUUAUUGGACUUUUUGGUAAAAUA